AUGCACUACCGUCUACUGUCAUUCAUCACUGCCUCGGUGGCUCUUCAAGCCACAUACGCUUCCCCGGCCCUAUCUCCUGAAGUAUAUGAUUAUAUUGUUGUUGGAAGUGGCCCUGGAGGGGGGCCUUUGGCUGCUGAGCUUGCAAGAGCUGGGUACCCUACACUACUAAUCGAAGCAGGUGGCGAUGAGGGUGAGAACCCUACGUACGCCGAAAUUCAGCACUUCAAUGAGGCAGCCAAUGACGAAGCUACGCGCUGGGAUUUCUGGGUUAAGCACUCUGACGACCCUGAGCGUGAGGCCAAAUUUGAACAUACUACUUGGGACACGGGCGAUGGGACUUUCUAUGUUGGCCUAGAUCCUCCGGAAGGUGCCAAGUAUCUUGGAAUCCAGUAUCCCCGUGCCGCCGUUUUGGGCGGGUGCGCCAUGCACAAUGCGGGAGUAUGUUCACUGCCUGCUGAUGACGACUGGAACAUUAUUGUCAACAAGACUGGUGACACGAGCUGGGAAGCAAAAAACAUGAGAAAGUACCUCAAGAAGAUCGAGAAGAAUGAAUAUCUUCUUCCUGGUAACCCAGAUCACGGCUAUGACGAUGCCUCGUGGGCCAAGAAUGAGAGCCUGUCGCAGACAAGAAUUCUUAAGAAGAUUGCGGAGCUCACGGGUCAGGAUCCAAAGAAGGCAGCCGAACUUGUGAGCCGCGACAUCCUCGAGGUUGGUGAUGAUGUCGACGAGACAGUCUCCUUCUAUAAUAUGGCUUUCCACGCGACCGCCAAGGGAGAGCGCAGCAGUCCCAACAGCUACAUCCGCGCGACACUCGCCGACCCAGCUGGUUAUCCCUUGACGGUCAAGCUGCACGCACUCGUCACGCGCGUACUAUUUGACAACGCCACUCUUAUUCCAGGCAGCACCCCACGUGCUAUUGGAGUUGAGGUCAUGACGGGUCCCUCACUCUAUCGUGCGGAUCCUAAGCAUGUCCCUGGAACCAAAGGUCCGAUUUCUCAGAUUUACGCCAAACGCGAGGUUAUAAUUUCAGGUGGUGUCUUCAACAGUCCACAAAUCCUCAAGCUUUCUGGAGUCGGUCCAGCUGAAGAACUUAAAAAGUUUGGAAUUCCCGUCGUUGUUGAUCUUCCCGGUGUGGGCGAGAACCUAGGCGACAACUACGAGGGCUCUCUCCUUGGAAUCGCCUCUUCCCCAACCAACAAUGCCGGCCAGAUCACUCUCCUUUUCCGCACACCGAAUGCGCCGACCAAGAAACGCAACAUAUAUGCCUGGUGUGGCUCCUUCUCCUUCGAGGGAUUUUGGCCCGGAUUCCCAACCUGGUAUGGCAACAAGGUGUACACCUGUGCUUUGGUCCAUCUGGCGCCCAAGUCACAAGCUGGCAGUGUCAAGCUUCGCUCUGCUAAUCCGCAAGAUACACCCGAGAUUAAUUUCCGAUUUUUUGAGCAUGGCGGUGACCACGAUCUCCAGGAACUCGUCGAGGCGGCAAAUAUUCUACGAGAGGCGUGGAAGGCAGCGGGAGAGCCUAUGGCGCCGAUUGAAGAACUGCAUCCCUGUAAAGGCCCUGUGCAACCUGGGAGCGAGCGGUGCAGCGAUGAGGAGCAAAAAGAGUACUUUAAGCUACAGGCAUACUCGCAUCAUGCCUCGUCGACUUGUGCGAUCGGAGGAGAUGACGACCCAAUGGCGGUAUUGGAUUCGAAAUUCAGGGUUAGAGGUGUUAAGGGAUUGCGAGUCGUUGAUGCCAGCGUCUUCCCAGUUGUCCCAGGCGCGUUUCCCAGUUGUCCGACAAUGAUGAUCAGCGUGAAGGCUGCUGAAGAUAUCAUCGAGGAAGCCAGGAGGACAGAUAAAAAAUUGUGA